AUGGAAGCUUUUCAAUUGUACGGUAAUGGUAGUGGUAGUGGGUUAUCUGAUUUGAGGGCUAUGGGGAAAAGGCCUGAGUGGGAUAUGAAUAAUUGGAAAUGGGAUGGUGAUCUUUUCAUAGCUAGUAGGUUGAGCCCUGUCCCGGAGCAGAGACAGUUUUUGCCUCUUCCUGUUGCUGUUGGUGUUGGUGGUUGCUCUAAUUCAAACAGUUCAUCUUCUUGUUCUGAACAGUUAGAUCUCGGGGUUUCUCAAGGGAACAAGGAAGGGGAGAGGAAGAGGAGGGUUAUUGUAGUGGAGGAUGAACUGAGUUUGAAUAAGGAAGGUGGUGGUCUUAGCUUAAACCUUGGUGGUGGUGGUGGUAGUCAUGCUCAAGUUGUUACAUGGGAAGGGAACACUGGGAAGAAAAGUAGAGUAGCUGGUGGAGGUAGCUCCAGUAGAGCAUUUUGUCAGGUGGAGGAUUGUCGUGCAGAUCUCAACAAUGCUAAAGAUUAUCACCGACGUCAUAAAGUUUGUGAGGUGCAUUCGAAGGCCAGUAAGGCUCUCGUUGGAAACGCGAUGCAGCGGUUCUGCCAACAAUGUAGUAGGUUUCACUUGCUUCAAGAGUUUGAUGAAGGGAAGAGAAGCUGUCGAAGGCGCUUGGCAGGCCAUAAUAAAAGGAGGAGGAAAACAAAUCAGGAUGCUGUACCUAAUGGAAGCUCACCGAACGAUGAUCAGACCAGUAGUUAUCUGUUGAUAAGUUUAUUGAAGAUACUUUCAAAUAUGCAGCCUGACAGGUCAAAUCAGGCCACUGAUCAGGAUCUGCUUACUCAUCUUUUAAGGAGUCUUGCUAAUCAGAAUGGUGAACAAGGGGGAAGGAACUUGUCUAACCUUUUACAGGAACCUGAAAAUCAGUUGAAAGAAGGGUCUUUAUUUGGGAAGUCUGAGGUGGUUUCUACUUUAUUUACUGAUGGUUCCCGAGGUUCUCCAACUGUCACAAGACAAAAUCAAACAGUUUCUAUUAGUGAAAUUCAGCAUCAAGUGAUGCACGCACAUGAUGCUGCGGUUUUUGAUCAACAAAUCACAUCUUCUGCAAAGCCUGGUGUUUCUAAUAGCCCUCCAGCUUACUCAGAAGCCAGAGACAGUACUGCUGGACAGCCCAAGAUGAAUGAUUUUGAUCUGAAUGACAUCUAUAUUGACUCCGACGAUGGCAUAGAGGACAUAGAAAGGUUGCCAGUCACUGCAAAUCUUGUUACUAGCUCUCUUGAUUACCCAUGGAUGCAACAAGAUUCACAUCAGUCAAGUCCACCUCAAAGUGGAAACUCAGAUUCUGCAUCUGCCCAGUCCCCUUCUAGUUCCACUGGUGAAGUUCAGAACCGCACGGAUCGAAUUGUUUUUAAACUCUUUGGUAAAGAACCAAGUGAUUUUCCUCUUGUACUCAGAGCACAGAUUCUUGACUGGUUAUCCCACAGUCCAACUGAUAUUGAAGGCUAUAUACGGCCUGGUUGUAUCGUUUUGACUAUUUAUCUGCGUCAGACUGAGGCUGUGUGGGAGGAGCUUUGCUUUGAUCUUACUUCCAGUUUAAAUAGGCUUCAGGAUGUCUCAGAUGAUGACUUUUGGAGAACUGGAUGGAUUCACAUCAGAGUGCAGAAUCAGUUGGCCUUCAUUUUCAAUGGCCAGGUUGUAAUUGAUACAUCCCUACCUUUCAGGAGUAACAAUUAUGGUAAGAUUUUGAGUGUUAGUCCAAUUGCCGUACCAGCAUCAAAGACAGCUCAAUUUUCUGUGAAGGGUGUCAAGCUGACUCGCCCUGCCACUAGGUUAUUGUGUGCUUUAGAAGGGAAUUAUUUGGUCUGUGAAGAUACUCAUGAGUCUAUGGAUCAAUGCUCCAAGGAUCUUGAUGAGCUUCAGUGCAUCCAAUUUUCAUGUUCUGUCCCUGCGUUGAAUGGACGAGGAUUUAUUGAGAUUGAGGACCAGGGUUUGAGCAGCAGUUUUUUCCCUUUCAUAGUUGUGGAGGAGGAUGUUUGCUCUGAAAUCUGUGUUCUUGAGCCUUUACUGGAAAGUGAUACUUAUCCAGAUGCUGAAGGGGCUGGGAAAAUUCAAGCAAAAAAUCAAGCCAUGGAUUUCAUUCAUGAAAUGGGCUGGCUUCUUCACAGAAGCCAAAUAAAAUCUAGGACGGUUCACUUGAAGUCUAGUGCAGAUCUGUUCCCAUUAGAUCGAUUCAAGUGGCUCGUGGAGUUCUCUGUAGACCACGAUUGGUGUGCAGUAGUUAAAAAACUGUUAAACCUCCUCCUUGAUGGAACAGUGAGUACAGGAGACCAUGCAUCCUUGUAUCUUGCACUCUCAGAGUUGGGUCUCCUUCACAGAUCUGUGAGGAGAAAUAGCAGGCAGUUGGUGGAGCUUCUCUUGAGAUUUGUUCCUCAAAAUAUUUCAGAUAAAGUAGGCCCUGAAGACAAGGCGCUGGUUAACGGAGAGAAUCAAAACUUCUUGUUUAGACCUGAUGCUGUCGGUCCUGCUGGUUUGACACCACUCCAUAUAGCAGCCGGGAAAGAUGGUUCUGAGGAUGUUCUGGAUGCUUUGACUAAUGAUCCCUGCAUGGUGGGAAUUGAAGCAUGGAAAAGUGCUCGCGACAGCACAGGGUCAACACCCGAGGAUUAUGCACGUUUACGUGGUCAUUACACAUACAUUCACUUGGUGCAAAAGAAAAUCAACAAGAGACAAGGAGGGGCUCACGUCGUGGUUGAUAUUCCUAGCAAUCCGACAAGGUUCGAUACAAGCAAGAAAGAUGAAUCGGCCACUACCUUUGAGAUUGGAAAUGCAGACGUUAAAACUAUCCAAAAGCACUGCAAACUCUGUGAUCGUAAGUUAUCAUGUAGAACUGCUGUAGGGAAGUCUUUCGUAUACAGGCCUGCAAUGCUGUCAAUGGUUGCCAUAGCAGCAGUCUGUGUCUGUGUGGCUCUUCUCUUCAAAAGCUCGCCCGAAGUUCUGUAUAUAUUCCGACCAUUCAGGUGGGAAUCGUUGGAGUUUGGAACAAGCUGA